CGAGCGGGCAAGCGGGGCCGGGAGCCGGAGGCCGCCGGCGGUCCUGCGCCAGGCGCGGUGGGCUCUUGCCUGCGAGGUUAGGCGAGGGGCGGAAAGGGAGGAAAAAGAGAGGCCGAGCGAGAGAAGCCAGGCGAUCGGAUUGUCCAGGAGGCUGGUGUGGAGGAAUAUCCCACCCCGAAGUCAAAUCCACAAUAAUAAUCCAAACUAUUAAUAAUAAGGGGCAGUUUUCCUGGCCAGGCGAGAGGGAGAGCAGGCGAAACGGGAAGAAGCGAAAGCUUCGUUUCAUGGAGGCUGAGGCUAGAGAAAAUUUCGGAGCCUGGAUGUGGAGGAGCAAAACAGAACUAACUCAGGAAAUUGUCUUUCAGAAAAAGGCCGAACCUAGGCUGGGAAUCAGGCUGGGGUAGGUGGAGAAACCUGCAAGUUUAAAGGAAAAAAAGAAUAUUUUCAGAGAUUUGUCUCUGGUUUGUGGUAUUGCUUUCAUUUUAAAGGUAAAAAGCAUUGCAUUCAGGUGUCUUUUUUUUUUUUUUGGUGCGAUUGGCUCAUUUAAGAAUUUCAGAACCUUUUCAUCUAAAAGCUUUUUUUUUUAAGGAAAUUUAUAAUUUUCAUUUCCCAGGGUUGCACUGGACUUGUAAGGAGUGCUGUUGUGUACAUACUAUUGUAUGAUUUUAUUUAUUUUUUUACUGUGCAAAUCAGCUGGAAGAUUUUUUUCCAGGUGUCACUUUGGAUUUUUUUCAUCUUUUUUUUUUUUUUGGUCCUUCAGUAUAUCUGUUGUCGUUUUAAGCAUUGGAGACCAGAGAAUUAUUUUUUUCUGCUUUGGAGCUUGAGGCUCUUGCCAACGUAAGGACAGCUGGAAAAACUGGAUUAAAAGAAUGUUUUUAAUCUAUAUUUUGCAGUUAAGAUUGAUAUUUUGAAGGCACAUUCUUUCUGUGAUUCUUUUUUUUUUUUUUUUAAAAGCCCAUAGCGCUAACCUUGAAGAGAUUUGUGGUUGGGUUUUUGGUUUCUAAGAAGGUCAUAGUUUUUUUCUCUUUUUCUUUCGGUUUUUUUUUUUUUUUUUUUUUUUUAAGGAGGGUAGGGGAAAGGGGGGCUAAGAAAGGAGACCAUGUUAACUGGUAGAAGUAGAAUGGAGCUUCAGUCACCCGGGUCCUGAGAGCUGGAGGAAAAAGGAUUGUCUUCAAGUUGGGAGGCCCUCCUCUCACCUUUCUUAAAAAUUGCAAGCGAUUCAAUCCUGAUCAAGACAUCACAACUACAAGAUUCUGAAACCGUGGAGACACCGAGAAACCAUGAGUGUAAGGUUACCCCAGAGUAUAGACAGAUCAGCUGGUAAAAAGCAGUCUCACCUGUCCAGGUUGAGUAGCCUGUCUUUGGGAGAUUCGGCACCUGAACGCAAAUCCCCUUCUCACCACCGCCAGCCCUCUGACACAUCUGAGACAGCAGGUCUUGUUCAACGCUGCGUCAUCAUCCAAAAGGACCAGCAUGGCUUCGGCUUCACAGUUAGCGGGGAUCGCAUCGUUCUAGUGCAGUCUGUGCGGCCUGGAGGUGCAGCCAUGAAAGCUGGUGUGAAAGAAGGUGACCGGAUCAUCAAAGUAAACGGCACCAUGGUGACCAACAGCUCACACCUGGAGGUGGUGAAGCUCAUCAAAUCUGGUGCCUAUGUUGCUCUCACCCUCCUGGGCUCUUCGCCCUCAUCCGUUGGUGUCUGUGGACCCCAGCAGGACCCAGCCCCAGCAGGAGCUCCCCGAGUCACCCCGGUGAUCCCCCCACCACCACCUCCUCCACCUCUGCCACCUCCACAGCGCAUCACAGGACCCAGACCUCUGCAGGAUCCCGAAUUUCAAAAACAUGCCACCCAGAUCCUUAGGAAUAUGCUGAGACAGGAGGAAAAAGAGCUACAGCGUAUCUGUGAGGUGUAUAGCCGGAACCCCGCCAGCCUGCUGGAAGAGCAGAUCGAAGGCGCCCGGCGGCGAGUCACUCAGUUACAGCUGAAGAUCCAGCAGGAGACUGGUGGCUUAGUGGACAUACUUCCAGUAUAUGGUGACACCAGCCAGAGAUCGUCAGAAGGCCGACUCUCUCUGGAUUCCCAGGAAGGGGAUAGUGGCUUGGACUCCGGCACAGAACGCUUUCCUUCCCUCAGCGAGUCCUUGGUGAAUCGGAACUCGGUCCUGUCAGACCCUGGGCCGGACAGUCCUCGGACCUCCCCCGUGACCAUGGCCCGGCUGGCGCAGCGCCACCGGCGGCAGGGCUCAGAUGCACCAGCCCCCCCCAGCAGUGACCAGGGUGCAGAUCAGAGCCCAAAACCUUUAAUUAUUGGCCCAGAGGAAGAUUAUGACCCGGGUUAUUUCAACAACGAGAGCGACAUCAUAUUCCAGGACUUUGAGAAACUUAAGUCACGGCCAGCCCACCUGGGGGUUUUUCUACGGUACAUCUUCUCUCAGGCGGACCCCAGUCCCCUGCUUUUUUACUUGUGUGCAGAAGUUUAUCAGCAAACAAACCCCAAGGAUUCCCGAAGCUUGGGGAAAGACAUCUGGAAUAUUUUCCUAGAGAAAAAUGCGCCUCUGAGAGUGAAGGUCCCAGAAAUGUUACAGGCAGAAAUUGACCUGCGCCUGCGAAGCAGUGAGGAUGUGCGUGCGGCUCUCUGUGAGGCUCAGGAGGCAGCCAUGCCGGAGAUCCAGGAGCAGAUCCACGACUACAGAACAAAGCGCACCCUGGGGCUAGGCAGCCUGUACGGUGAAAACGACCUACUGGAGCUGGAUGGGGACCCUCUCCGUGAGCGCCAGGUGGCCGAGAAGCAGCUGGCUGCCCUAGGAGACAUCCUGUCCAAAUACGAGGAAGACAGGAGUGGCCCCAUGGGCUUCGCCCUCAAUACCUACAUGAGCCAUGCGGGCAUCCGUCUUCGAGAAACACGACCCCUCAACACGGCUGAAAAGGCCCAGUCUGCUCCUGACAAAGACAAGUGGCUACCCUUCUUCCCAAAAACCAAGAAGCAGAGCAGCAAUUCCAAGAAAGACAAGGAUGCCUUGGAGGACAAGAAACGAAACCCCAUUCUCAAGUACAUCGGGAAGCCCAAAACCUCUUCCCAGAGCACAUUUUAUAUUCCCUUGUCCCCUGUGGAAGUCAAACCCGGCAACGUGAGGAACAUCAUUCAGCACUUUGAGAACAACCAGCAGUACGAUGCCCCGGAACCAGGGACCCAGCGCCUCUCAACAGGAAGCUUUCCCGAGGACCUGCUGGAGAGCAACAGUUCACGCUCAGAGAUUCGCCUGGGCCGCUCUGAAAGCCUGAAGGGCCGGGAGGAGAUGAAGCGGUCCCGGAAGGCGGAGAACGUGCCCCGCUCUCGCAGCGACGUGGACAUGGACGCCGCGGCGGAGGCCGCCCGCCUCCACCAGUCAGCCUCCUCAUCUGCCUCCAGCCUCUCCACCAGGUCUCUUGAGAACCCAACACCUCCCUUCACCCCCAAAAUGGGCCGCAGGAGUAUCGAGUCCCCCAGCUUGGGGUUCUGCACAGACGCCCUCCUCCCCAACCUGCUAGAAGACGAUCUGGGCCAGCUGUCUGACCUGGAGCCGGAGCCAGAUGCCCAGAACUGGCAGCACACAGUGGGCAAGGACGUGGUGGCCAGGCUGAGCCAGAGGGAGAUUGACCGGCAGGAGGUCAUCAAUGAGCUGUUCGUGACCGAAGCGUCCCAUCUGCGCACACUCCGGGUCCUGGACCUGAUCUUCUACCAGCGGAUGAAGAAGGAGGGCCUACUGCCCCGCGAGGAGCUGGCCCGGCUCUUCCCCAACCUGCCUGAGCUCAUCGAGAUCCACAAUUCCUGGUGUGAAGCUAUGAGGAAGCUCCGGGAGGAGGGCCCCAUUAUUAAAGAAGUCAGUGACCUCAUGCUGGCUCGGUUUGACGGCCCUGCCCGGGAGGAGCUCCAGCAGGUGGCCGCACAGUUCUGCUCCUAUCAGUCCAUCGCCCUGGAGCUGAUCAAGACCAGGCAGCGCAAGGAGAGCCGGUUCCAGCUCUUCAUGCAGGAGGCCGAGAGCCACCCUCAGUGCCGGCGACUGCAGCUCCGAGACCUCAUCAUCUCCGAGAUGCAGCGUCUCACCAAGUACCCGCUGCUGCUGGAGAACAUCAUCAAGCACACGGAGGGCGGCACCUCUGAGCACGAGAAGCUCUGCCGGGCCCGGGACCAGUGCCGGGAAAUUCUCAAGUAUGUGAACGAAGCAGUGAAGCAGACGGAGAACCGGCACCGCCUGGAAGGCUACCAGAAGCGCCUGGACACCACCUCCCUGGAGAGGGCCAGCAACCCCCUGGCCGCAGAGUUCAAGAGUUUGGAUCUUACAACCAGAAAGAUGAUCCAUGAGGGGCCUCUAACCUGGAGGAUCAGCAAGGAUAAGACCUUGGACCUCCACGUGCUGCUCCUGGAGGACCUCCUGGUGCUGCUGCAGAAGCAGGACGAGAAGCUGCUGCUCAAGUGCCACAGCAAGACGGCCGUGGGCUCCGUGGACAGCAAGCAGACCUUCAGCCCUGUGCUCAAGCUCAACGCCGUGCUCGUCCGCUCGGUGGCCACAGAUAAACGGGCCUUCUUCAUCAUCUGUACCUCUGAGUUGGGCCCACCCCAGAUCUACGAGCUGGUGGCUUUGACAUCAUCGGACAAGAACACGUGGAUGGAGCUUUUAGAAGAGGCUGUUCGGAAUGCCACCAGGCUCCCCGGAGUUGCCCCAGCACCCACUCACCCCCCGCGCCCAGGCCCCCAGGAGCCAGCCGACCAGAGCCCCACACCCAGCAGGGCAGGACCGGAUGACUCCGAGGUGUUCCACGGUGAACCGGAGCCUGAGGCAGCCCCUGCAGGCAUGGGGUGCCAGCAGAGGGCCAAAGGGAAGCACUCGGCCCUGCUGGCAGAUGCUGAGCAGGAGGGCAGCGUGGAGGACGAGGAGCUGGGAGCUCUGCCUCACCCUUCUGCCUCGCUGAAUAGCGAGUACAGGGGAAGCAGGACCAGGGACCCCAUCCUCCUGCCCCUCCCGGGCCCUCUGUUCAUGGAAGGACUCGCCGAUGCAGCCCUGGAGGACGUGGAGAACCUGCGGCACCUGAUCCUGUGGAGCCUGCUGCCUGCUCACCCCGCGGACCCACGAGCUGCCGGGGAGCCCGAGGAUGACCUGACCCCUACACCCUCCGUCAUCAGCAUCACUUCGCACCCCUGGGACCCAGGCUCCCCGGGGCGAGCUCCCACUGGGGCCGAGGGGGAUGAUGCCCCACUCUCGGGGCCAGAGUGGAGCCAGCCAGCGCAGGAGGACAUGGCUCUGCGUUCUCUGGAACAGCUGCCCCCAAGGACCAGGAAUUCUGGGGUCUGGGAAUCUCCCAAGCUAGACAAGAAUCCGGAGGAAGAAGCUUCGAGCACAGAGGGCACAGGAAGCUACAAGGUUGUAAGAAAAGCGGAGGUGGCAGGCAGCAAGGCGGUCCCUGCACUGCCAGAGAGUGGCCAGUCAGAGCCUGAGCCACCCGAAGUGGAAGGCGGAGCAAAGGCUACGGGGAACUGCUUUUACGUCAGCAUGCCAGCAGGACCCCCUGACUCGAGUACUGAUCCAUCAGGAGCACACGUGAGCCCUUCCCAGCCUGACGGCCUCCCUGCCUGGCAGACAGAGCCUCAGCCCCCACUUCAGGGAGGCCAUGGAGAUCAGAAGCGCCCCGGCCGCUCUCCCCCAAGUCUGGCCCUCAGGGACGUGGGCAUGAUCUUCCGCACCAUCGAGCAGCUUACCCUCAAGCUCAAUCGGCUCAAGGACAUGGAGCUGGCCCACAGAGAGCUGCUCAGGUCCCUCGGGGGUCAGUCAUCUGGCGGCACCACACCUGUGGGCAGUUUCCACACAGAGGCAGCUAGAUGGAUAGAAAGCUCCCUCUCCCCUCCAGCCAAGGAGCCCCUGGCCUCUGACUCCAUGGACAGCCGCGAACUGGGGCCCUGUCCUGAGGAUGGCCCCACUGCGCUGGAAGACGGCACGGCAGACACAGCCACGUCCCCAGGACCGUAGCUGUCGGAACCACUGACUCCUCACAUCCCCACUCCUCCGCUAGGGACUGGCCUGAGGCAGGGCACGGGGUGGGGAGACCCCAGACCUCCUCCCCAUGGUGAGCGGUUGAGGAGAAGGCUCCAGCCGGGGCCCCCGGGGGAGAUCCCCAGGGAGAUCCGCAUGUUGCUUGGUCUGCUCAGAUUGGAGUCAAGUUUCAAUGUCUUUUCCCUUCCCUUCGGCCCACCCCGUCAAGGCCUCCUGUCUCCUAAGCAUGCAGACUGCAUCUGAAAGGCCCCCCUCGCCCCCGCGCACAGUGCGCGCCUGUAUGUGUGGGUGCCCUCAGACAAGCCAGUGUGAGUGUAAGGAGGCAGCUCCGGUGUAAAUGCACUUUCUUCCUCCCCUCCCUUCUCCACAGGACCCCCAGGCUGGGGUGGGUGUCUCCUCCUCUCCUCUCUUUGUCACUUUGGUUUCCUAUAAAUAUGUAUGUAUUGUAUGUGUAUCUUUGCUAUUGUAAAUAACUUCACCCUUUUUUGUUUCUGGUCCUGGAGCACUGGAGGCAGUUACAGAGGGGCUGCUAAGGGAACAGGAGGUUCACUUGGAUCUCCUAGUUCGCGGCCCAGCUCCAGGAUCAGGGCCCAGAGGUGGAGGCGUCCCUGAGGCCUCCAGCUUCCAGCCUCCUUGGCCCGGUGCUGAGCUCCUCCCUCCCUCCCAGGACUUCUCAUCUUCAGGGGAAUUUCUUACCCCACCUGUGUCCACCCUUCCCCACCCUCUCCCUGUAGAAAACCAGUGUAUCAGGUACAGAGCUGAAAACUGGGCGCCAGGAGAGGGGUAGGGGGUUGAAUGCUGGAGUCCCUAAACUAACCUAGGACCACCCCCAGGGGCUACCACAGCCUUGGCCCCCAUUACCACAUCCACCCCACCCCCCACUGACUAAUAGAAUAUACACACUGUGCUAGGUGUAUAUAUACAUAUAUAUAUAUAAAUAUAUAUAUAUAAUAUAUAAAAUAUAGAUAUGGAAAUGACUGUUUUGCUGUUAAAAUAAUGUAUACUCUUAUUUUCUUCCUUUCAUGG